UCCACACUGAGACUUUCCGAGUGAGAAGAUGCGGGCAGCGGGACUCCAGGUGGCCGCCGUGCUGGCUCUAUUUGCCGCAGUGUUGCGGUCGCAGGCGGAGGUGAUCGAUGACGUCCUGGGCAGCCUCUCCAGGGGAGCAUCUUUCCUGGAGCGGCAACAUGAGCACAUCAACCUGGACGGGGUGGUCGGGUUCCUCAUGCUGCAGGCUGAGCUGAAGGAGGCAGUUCGGACAUGGCCUCACAGCGACCCAGUCAGCUGGGCUCAGAGAAGCUCGGCCGUCGCCCUGGUCAAACGUCUCGACCAAAGCUUCGACAAGGCCGUCGCGGCCCUGCAGCAGGACGACCCCAAAUACUACAGAGAGUUUGAGCCCCUGCUGUCGUGGAGUUUUUGGUUGGUUCCUCAGGAGUGGAGCUCCACUGAUCCCAGCCUGGUCUAUACCUCCACCAUGACCACCGAGUGUUAUGAUGAGCAGCUCAGCGACAAAUGCCUGACCCUGCUGCUGGGAACCUGGAAGAUGAACGGGACGCCCUGCAUCGUCACCAAACCCUGCCGGGACACCAUGACUCGCUUCGGCUGUCCACACUACUCUCUGUCCCACCAGCUGCUCUACUUCAUGAUCGGAAAAAUGAGAGGCUGCACCAACCUGCUGAAAGGCGACACUCGAGCGUCCCGAGCCAACAUAACCGAACGCAGCUACCAGAAGAUCUUCUGCUCCAACAUGAUGAAGACCAACCAGGACAUCGUCAGAGACGGUCUGACCGAGCAGACGGUGGACAUCUUCAUUGAAAACAUCCUGGUUUGUGGAUUGGCUGGUUUCUCGGACUUUUACAAAGUUGAUUGGCUGCAGCAUAUCCUCGGGCUGCAGGAUGAGGAAGUGGGCUGCUUUGGGAGAGACAAGAACAUCAUCUCUCAGAUCAUCGGAGACGAGCUGCUGGAACAGCUGCAGCUGCACAGGAGAGUGAAGAGGAGGGAGAAAAUACUUCCAGAUGGCUGCUCCAGUCACAUGACGGCUGUGGCUGUCGGUGCUCUGGGAGGAUAUCUGAACUACUACCUGACAGAACAAGACAUAACCAAGAGGCCGCUCUCCUGAACGCACCCACCACCCGCCCCACCCUCGCCUUCCUCACAGGUGUGUUCACACGAGCAAAACGUAAUGUUGUAGACCAUCAGGUAGAGAUGCUUUUUACAACUGGACUCCCGACACAAUAUGUUGCUUUACGAACAUAAGUUGUAAGAUGAUGAAAAUGCUUAACUAAAUGCUGGGAUGUGGCCGUUUGACACAAAAUGAAAAAGAUUUCUUCUACCUUUUUAUAUUUUUUAAAUAUAACGAGGACGAUGCCGUAAUCAUUAUGUGGUGUAUCUGACCUACAGUUAGCCCUCUAAUCAAUCCCAAAAACAGAUGUCUUUUGAAAGUAGUGAUGCUCCGAUCCAGCAGAUUAUUCCAAAUAACUUGAGUAGUUAAAAAAGGGUAAAUCUGAUCUCCGUGCAGUUCAUGUUGCUGUCCACGUGGAGCUGGACAUGGUGAUGCUGCUGUUGUCUUAAUAUAUAGACAGGCAGUGUCUUCAGGAUGUUAUUUGAUCUGUGAUGCAACAAGCUAGUUUAAGAAUUUAUCUUUUCUUAAAAAAUAAAUCAGUGGGUCAGAUUGAUCUUUUUGCCACACAGCUUCAUAACUACUUUCGCAAGGGAUAGAUAGUGACAGCGGUAAUCGUGAUGUCAUCUCCUGGUUGGUAGUGUUUAUCCUAUUUGAUGUAAAAAAAAUUGUAAAGUAAUUUGAUAUUUUGGGCUGCUUGGCGAUCAGUCAGAAAGAAAAGGUUUGCAGAGGAGAGACCCCAAUUUAGGUAAAAAUACACCUGUUGAGUUUUCGAGGAUGUAUAACAAGAAAAUGUUACAGGAAAAUGUCAGAACAUGGUUCUUAUUCUCAUCAUUGUGCAUAAAUAUGUUUGUCCCCCAAUUCAGACAUCUGAAAGGUUUGAGGGGUUUCAGAUGAUGUUCGAUGAUCUGGCAAGCAGUUUGUUUGAAGCAUACUGACCUUUAGUGGUGGUUCUUACUGGGUGGUUUCUGCAGGAUUUGUCUGUAAACAUGCUUAAAAACAGAAAAGCCUGGUUGGAGCAUCUCUAUUUGAAAAACAAGGACAACAAGACAUAUUUACUGUAGCUUUAAAGAAAAACAUCCUAAUAAGCAGUUUUUCCGAAAAUAACAUUGUUUAUUUUAUUUUAAAUUAUGUUUAUCUACUGAAUAUAAAACCACAAAGGAGGGCCAGAAGGCAGCUGUACAACCAGCACUGACCAAAGAGGAUGUAUGCAUGAACUAUGAAUGUCUGUAGAUGAACUUACAUACAACAUGUUCUCAUGUAUUUCAUGUUAGCAGAAUAAACAAAGUCUGUUGUAUUUA